UCUGACCGUAAAAAAUAGAAACUUCCAAGAUGGCCGAGUCCGUGGACUCCAUGCAUUUCGCAGCAAAUAGCAAAACAAAUUCCCCUAAACCCUUGAUAGCUAAACGGCCGCCGGAGAGCCGACCGCAGUCUUCCAGCGACAUUUACCCUCCGCCUCCCAAGAAAGUCCGAGUCGAGGAGAAGAGCCUAAAACACAAGAAACUGAACGGGGAGGUCUGCGCAGGGGAAAAACACAACGGGAAGCAGAGUUAUGGAAGCCCAGCGAAAUGGAGUUUCGGCCCGGCCAAGGCGAGCAACUCCGCCGCGCCAGCUCCCGCUCGAAAAAUUUUCAAGAUCAGCAACUUCCUCGCCUCUCCGCCAAAAGUCAAAAAGGCGAAAGAGAAGCGACACAAGGAUAAGGACAAAAGCGUCCAGGCGCAGAGUUCACCCGUGGCUGUGGAGAAAGUGAGCCCUGUUAGCUGCCAUACAAAGACGGAGAACGGUGACGUGAAAAUGUUACAGAGAGAUUAUCGUGUUAAGGACAAAGAAAGAGAUAAGAAAAAAGAGAAGGAUAAAGAGUGGAAGAAUCACAAAUUGCCACCUGUGAAUGACAUUGCCAGGGAAAAUGGAGAUGUGAUUUCUCCACAGAAAGCAGAAGUAAAGGAGAAGGCCAAAGCUGCCUCAGAGGAGGAGCUCCUGUUGAAGAAGCUGAAAAAGAAGAAGAAAAAGAAGCACAAAGAUGGAGAGCGGGAGAAGGAGAGGCACAGCCGACCCAAAAUGUAUCACCGUUCCAGCCAGACAGUGUGCACAGGAGUAUCUCUGGAUCUGCCUGACUUCCUCAGUAAGAUUAAUGGAAACAACAACAACAACAGCAGCAGCAGUCUGCUUCACCCCACAGCUCCACAUCAGGACCACCAGGAUUCCCAUCUGACCGGCGCCGCCUCCACCCCCUCCAUGGUCAGGGAGAGGCUGGGCUACGGCUCCGCACUCCACUGCAGCCCGUCUCCGGGCUUGGCCGGUCUGGAGUUCGGCUCUCUGAUCCACAUCGAGCAGCAGGCCAACGGAGGAGCAUCUGUGGCACACGCCUACAGCGAGCAGCUCUCCUCUCUGUCUCCAGCGGAGAUGCAGCGGUUUGCCCAGGAGUUUGUGACCCUGUCGUUCAGCGAGGACCAGGCUCAGGCGGCGCGCUACGUGAUGGGGAUCAUCCACGGAGCGGCCUCCUACCUCCCAGACUUCCUGGACUACUUCUCCUACAAGUUCCCCAAUGCACCGGUGAAGAUGGAGGUGCUCGGGAAGAAGGACAUAGAGACAACAACCAUGGCCAAUUUCCACUCUCAGGUGAAGCGGACGUAUUCCCAGGGAACAUACCGUGCCGGGGCCAUGCGGCAGGUCAGUUUGGUCGGGGCUGUGGACGAGGAAGUCGGGGAUUACUUCCCUGAGUUCAUCAGCAUGCUAGAGGAGUCUCCCUUUCUAGAGCGGACUCUUCCCUGGGGAACGUUCUCCAGCCUGCGGCUGCAGAGCCCCACUGAGAGCGACGACGGCCCCAUCAUGUGGGUCAGACCUGGUGAACAGAUGAUCCCUAUGGCAGACAUGCCAAAAUCACCCUUCAAAAGGAAAAGGUCCACCAACGAGAUAAAGAACCUGCAGUACCUUCCCAGAGCUAGCGAGCCCAGGGAGAUGCUGUUUGAGGACCGGACGAGAGCCCACGCUGACCACAUUGGUCAGGGGUUUGAGAGACAAACCACCGCUGCUGUUGGUGUGCUCAAGGCUGUGCGUUGCGGAGAGGAAAGUGACGCUCCUGCACGGAUCACCAAAGACGUUGUGUGUUUCCACGCUGGAGAUUUCCCUGAUGUGGUCAUGAGGCUGCAGUUGGAUCUCCAUGAGCCUCCGCUGUCACAGUGCGUGCAGUGGAUUGACGAUGCCAAGCUGAACCAGCUGAGGAGGGAGGGGAUCCGCUACGCUCGUAUCCAGCUCUACCACGACGACAUCUACUUCAUCCCCAGAGGAGUGGUCCACCAGUUCAAAACGGUGUCUGCUGUCUGCAGUCUGGCUUGGCAUAUCCGACUGAAACAGUACCACCAACAAGACGAGGAGGAGGAGGAGGAGGAGGUGAAGGAGAGGGAGGAGGAGAGUAAGCCUAGACAGAUGCCACUUCAGAUCAAGGAAGAGGAGAGAGACGAGGAUGUGGAUGUAAAGGGGAAGAAAGAGUGUGACCCUCCUACACAGACACUGACAAAACUGGAGGAUCGGGACGACGAGGAGGAGGAGGGGCUGCCCUCACAAGGACCGACGCAGAUUUGCAAGGAGGAAGAGCCAGAGAAGGGAGCAGACACGGAGAAAAAAGCGGAGAUGAAGGACUUGUCGCCGACUGAUUCUCUACCCUUUGUCAAGAAGGAGAGAGAUGAAGGUGCACUCUCACACACACUAAUGGAGCCCGAGGCUGAGGAGGAUGAGAGAGAGGAAGGUAAGGGAGGGGGAGCUGGCAGUGCAGGCACGUAUCAGACACCGCAUAAGGGGGAUGAAGAGGGUGGAGAGGCUAGUGCACCUUCAAAGUCACUACAGCAAAUUAGGAAGGAGAAUGAUGAGGAGGAGGAGAGGCAGGAAAAGGCGAUUCUGCAAGGUCACGGUCUGAAAGAGAAAACUAAAGAUAGUAUUACGAGCUUUUAUACGCCGCCACAAAUCAAAAAGGAAAAGGAGAAAGGAAAGGGCAAAGACAGGGAGAGAGAUGAAAAGGAAAGGGGGAAGGAGAAGAAGGAGAAGGACAGGAAUAGAGAGAAGGAAAAGGAGAGGAAGGAAAGGGGGAAGGAAAGGGAUAAAGACAAGGAAAGAAUGAGAGAGCGGGAGAAAGUUAAGGCAGAGGCUGGAAGAGAGGGCGGCACGUCAGCACAUCCAUUGCAACAGAUGAGGAAACAAGAGGAAGAGGACAGGACAAGAGAGGGCAGCAAAGCCUCUCACGCGUCUCUGCCCGCCCAGAGGGACGAGAAGGGGGUCAGGGAGUCGGACGCAGCCUCGAAGACGCAGCCUCACAUCAAGAGAGAGAAGGAGCAAGAUAAAGACAGAGGCGGCACGCAGGCGGCGUCUCACUCGCGGCCAGACAGGGAGGAGGCUCGAGACGCCUGCGCGCACAGACACAAGCCAUCACACGGGAAGAAGGAGAAGAGCGGGCACAGAGAGGGGAAGGAGAGCAACACCUCAUCGGCACAGGCGUCACAAGCGAAGUCAGGGAGAGAGGACGGGAAGGCAGGCAAUCCGAAGCAUGCACAUGUUCAGAUUAAGAAAGAAGGAAAGAAGGACAAGGAUGUCGGCGGUAAGGAGGAGAGGAAGAAGUCAAACCCCACCUUGGGUUCUGCUCCACCAGAACAUAAACCACCACGGACUCUCAUAACCUUUGACCUCUUUAAGCCAAUGGACGCUCAUCAGAGCUCACCCCUCUCCUUCACAGACAGUAGACCUAAGACCCACCACCACAGUGACUCUCGGGGCACUUCUUCCUCUUUAAAGUCUGGAUCUGAUAGCCGGACAGUUGUACCCUCCAAAGGACCAAAAGUAAAGGACACGAUACAGGCAAAACCCGUGACGCCCCUACAGGACACACGGCCGCAGCACUCUUUAAAACAGCCCCUUAAAACACACACACCCCAAACACAGAAAGACUUUUUAAUAUGAAUGUCUAGAUGUCUAGUCUUCUUUCUACUGUACAACUUACGCCGAGGCUGUGUUGAAAUAUUUGAGAAUGCAUCCUUUUUUCGGAUAUUGGCUUGUCUUCGUGACGAGGCUGGAGUAGGCCAAAAGAUUUCUUUUGCUGAAGCCGUCUCAGCCUUGUUCUGCCGCGAAAAGAGGAUGAGCUCUCGAAGUAUUUUAACAGGGCCAAAGAAUGUAAGCUAAGUAGCUCACUUCACGUUUGUUAGCGAAUGUACGUAGGCUCUAUAUAAAAUCUGUUAUGUGACCCAUGUGUCAGUGCCUGUGCACUACUUAGCUUCGCUCUUAAAGCACCUAUUUUAGGUACUCGACAGCCAAUCUGAAAACAACCCUCCUUCUCUCCCCGAUAUAGGAAUUACCAACGCUGAUUGUGCGGAACAAUAUUUAAAAAAAAAAUAAUAAAAAAAUUAAGGUUGUAAUGAAGUUCUCUCUUUGCCAUAUUGCUUCGGUCAAUCUGGUUUGUAUUUUUAACACUCCAAAACAGGAGCUAGUGGUUGUUUUCAGACUGGACUUUGUUUUGACUCACACAGGGCUGUAAAUGAUACUGUAUGUACUGAAACUGUACAGUAUAGAUGUAUUAGCACCAAUGUGAGAAAAUGUAUACAGAAAUUGCAUAUAUUUUUUGUAAGACAAGUUUUAUUUUCCAUAGAACUUAUUUAUAUCAUUUACUGUCUGUUUUAUUUGAAACCUACGUAUGUGAAAAUUUUGUUGUAAAUACAUUUUAUUUCCUAAGAUAAGACUUGGUAGUGUGAUUUAUACUCUGAUCAGAACCUCUCAAUAAAUGGUUCAAAAUAUUGA